GAUUUCAAAAAUUUCGGUUGAGCAUCACUGAAGAGACAUUAUUUGUCGAAAAGCGCAUCUGGUGGAUCAAAAUUGAGGAAAUGUGAUAUAUAUUGGCCUGAUGCUACUCUAGAACCAGUUUACUAUGGGGACCUUGUGGUUGAAAUUGAGUCUGAAUCAACGCUUUCUGAUUAUGUUCUACGUGUCAUGUCAGUAAAAUUGGGUGACAUCAGAAGAACUGUAAAGCACUUUUUGUAUUUGGCAUGGCCUAAUAUGGGUAUUCCUGAAACCUCAGAAGCCAUGCUUAAGUUUGUGAAAGAGAUCAGGUGCCAUCAACCUCCUCCCACAACUAAUAGAGGACCUUUUGUUGUUCACUGCAGUGCUGGUGUGGGUCGCACUGGAACCUACAUUGCAGUCGAUUAUCUCAUGCAACACGUCAGGACAAGUGAUGUCAUAGACAUAUAUAAUUUAGUAAUGAAAAUGUGCAACAACCGGCCGAAUGUGAUUCAAUCUGAAGAUGAAUACAUCUUCAUCCAUGACUGUAUUAAGGACUUCGUUAAUCACAGUGAUGGCGAUCACAGCGAGGAUGGAGAAGUCAAUACAAUAUAUGAAACUAUGUAGCCAACCAUUGCACAGAAACAUCCUGGUUCGGGAGUUGGAUUCAAGACGUCCAUUUUUCAUUUUUACUUUUAAUCAAUUACAAACAAUCAUUUAUAUUUACAUAGUUUUACUUGAUUGAAUUCGUUUGGGUCUUUUAGUAUAUAUGCCAUUUUGUAAACAAUUGAAUAUGUCUUUGAACAUGUUCCAAAAUAUAUAAUGAUGUAAUGCAUGAAUAUGAAUGUAUUAUUAUCAAUAAUAUAUUUUGAAAUAUAGAUAUAAAACGUA